AUGGAACCCGAUCCACCCCGCUCUAUGACAGGGGUCUUUGACAGAAGAGUGCCCACCAUCCGAUCCAGCGAUUUCCAGUCCCCUUUUUCGAGCAGCGCAACUGCCGCCACCAUGCACCACCCGCCCCAAGAAUCGCCCACUUUACCCGAGUCUUCGGCAACGGACCCUGACUUCUACAACUCUCCGGGAAGCGCCCCGCAUGGCUACGCUUCGCCUUCCUCGACAUCCUAUGGCAAAGCGCUCCAUCCUUACCAGUACCCCUACCAGGGCAUGAGUGGAACCGCCGCCAACUACCCCGCCAAAGCCUACGCCGACUACAGCUAUGCCAGUCCUUACCACCAGUACGGCGGGGCUUAUACUAGGGCGCCGAGUACUGCCAGCCAGCCAGAAAAAGAAGUGGCUGAACCCGAGGUGCGGAUGGUGAAUGGCAAACCAAAGAAAGUGCGAAAGCCAAGGACGAUUUACUCCAGUUUUCAACUGGCAGCUUUACAACGGAGAUUCCAGAAAACCCAGUAUUUGGCUCUGCCCGAGAGAGCCGAGCUGGCCGCCUCUUUAGGCCUGACGCAGACUCAGGUGAAAAUCUGGUUCCAGAACAAAAGGUCCAAGAUCAAGAAAAUUAUGAAAAAUGGAGAGAUGCCCCCGGAACACAGUCCCAGUGCCAGCGACCCGAUGGCUUGUAACUCUCCACAGUCCCCUGCCGUGUGGGAAUCUCAGGGCACGGCCAGAUCUCUCAGCCACCAUGCUCACACCCACGGGGCAACCUCCAACCCUUCGCCCGCGUCCUCUUACCUGGAGAACUCCUCUUCCUGGUAUUCCGGCGCAAACGCUCUGAACGGCCACCUGCAGCCCCACGGCUCCCUCCAGCAUUCCUUAGUGUUGGCUUCCGGGACAAUCUAUUAG